AUGCACUGUGCGGGACUCAGGACACUGACAUGGAUCCUUGGAGACAUCGACGUUUUGUCUGCCGUCGUCCUUGUCCUGGACCCUGACGUCCCCUGUCCGCAAAGGGUGCCAUGGUAUUGGGCCUGGAGUUGCCGAAGGAUGGAGCUGUUGACAAUGAGCCGUCCAUUGCUUCCGCCGCCUCAUUUUUUUUGGAGCAGCUGGCCUGCGAUGGCUAAUACGCCUUUGAUCAAAGAAGGACCCAGGACGGAAGGACCGACGAGGAUCGUGCGAAGAAUGGCACCCUCCAAGCCCGCAGGGCGCCCGGCGCCCCGGCCUCCCACCCCUUCUGGCUCCUCCUACUCCGAGUUCGAGAGCUCAUCGACUUCCGACAGCUCGUCUUCGUGCAGCGAAAGUCGCAGCGCAUCGCCAGCACCGCAGCGCAAGGAGGGACCCGCCGCUCGACACCCGCAGGACAGCCCGCAGGAACGGCCCCCCUCACGCGAGAACGAACGGCAUGGUGCAGCGGACAGGAACAGGCCGCAGGCGGCAAGGCGGGAUUCGGGUGGCGACGCAGCCGCCGCUGGAAGGAUCAAGCAAGCGAAGCGGGGGCCGCCUAGCCCGGAGCCCAAUCACGGGGAGAACGGCGAGCGGCGCAAGUUGGCGAAGGAGACGAGCCCACCUCAGACCACCAGGUUGUAUGUAGGAAAGCUGACACGAAAUGUUAUGGGAGAGCAUGUGCACGAGAUAUUUUCCAAGUUUGGCAACGUGAAGAAUGUAGUGCUUGCGAUCGACAAAGCCGUCAACCUUCCUCGAGGAUAUGCGCACGUAGAAUUCGAAAACAGAGAAGCAGCACACAAGGCUAUGGACUACAUGGAUGGAGGCCAGAUCGAUGGCAGCGAAAUAUGCGUGCGCUUGGUUCCAGUGCCUCUGAGAAAAGUACCAUCCCCUGUGGCUCAUCCUCCUCAGAGUCCUGCCAGACGAGAUGGUGCGACUCUGAGGGAGCACGGUGUUGGGUGGGAAAGGGGAAGGGUAAGGGAGAAAGGGAAGCCAGGAGACAAGGAGAGGGGUAGAAGGAGCCCCAGAAGGUGGUCCCCUGGGGCCAGGCGUUCUCCAUUCUCACACAGACGGCACUCACCUCCUCCUCUCCGACAGAGGUCACCUCCCCCCAGGCGCUCUCCACCACGUUACAGAUCGCCUGUGGACAGCAGGAGGUAUCCAUCACCACGACGGAGGUCUCCUCCCCGUGGUUAUGCUCGCCGUAUACAGCAGAGCCCACCAAGGCGCCGACGUUCACCAUCACCACCCCGUCGUCGGCCCUCACCAUCACCAAGAUUUAACAGGGCCAUGCCGCCACGAGGAAGGGGCGCAAGGGGACGGUCUCCAGCUCGAAAGAAUGAGCAUAGCAGGACUGCGAAACCCGUUGCAGCAUCCUCUUACUCCUCCUCAGGGAGCUCUCAAAGUGGCUCUGGCACUUCUUCAUCAGGGGGUCGCUCCUCCUAUUCAUCGCAGUCGGACAGCAAGUCCAAAUCGUGA